AUGGUUGGAUGGAGGAAGAAUUUGGCUGCGCUGUUGACCCGAGAAGACGCCGCCGACGCCGUGGUGGAGGAGGUGCAGCGGCUGUACAGUGAGCUCACAAGUGCGUACUUGCCACCCAAGCUGGACACCAUGCACGAUCCUCAGCUUUCAGCGAUGGAAAUGACACCCGAUCAGGAAAACGCCAUUCGUUGUGCUCUGCGUGGAUACAACAUGUUUGUUGGUGGGGGUGCUGGGACGGGAAAAACCGUGCUUCUCAAAGCUAUGCACCGCCGCUUGACAGAAAUGGGGCUGCGCGUGGCCAUGACAGCAACAACGGGGGUUGCAUCGGUGCAGCUUGGUGGGUGCACGUUUCACCUGGCCUUUGGGGUGCCGGUCGUUGCGGGGGAACACUCCAAGAAGAGGUGGGACGCCAACGCAUUUCGCGCGGUGGAUGUUGUGAUUAUUGAUGAGGUCUCUUUAUUGGACGCGGAACUCUUUGACGCCUUUGAGUUGGAGGCACGAAUGGCCCGUCUCCAGCCACUCCCGUUUGGCGGUCUUCAAGUCAUUGCCUGCGGGGACUUUUUACAGCUUGCAUCCUCUGACAGCACGUUUAGUGGUCCGUGUUACCAGAGUGAUGCCUUUCGUCAUCUCAUCGCGGUGCGUCUGGUGACGCAAAUGCGUCAGGCAAAGAGCGAUCCGCUGCACAAGUUGUUGGCGCAGCUGCGUGUUGGGAAGUUUGACCAAAAGUCUUUUGAGUUGCUUGACCGGCACGUGCCGGAGGACAUGGACAACGUCACGUACAUAUUUCCAAGACGUCGUGAAGCACAGUUAUUAAAUGAAGAAAAGUUGGCCGAGCUACGGAGUGAGGAAAUGACGUUUACGCCUCAGCGGGGUCCAUUGCAGCUCGUUGGAAAAUUUACCCCCCCUGGCCUGAUUGAGUUUGCCAGGAAGAAGCAGCCCGUGAGCCGUGAUGAGAUUGUGCAGGUGCUGACAGAGGAGGUGAAGAGAGUCGCUGCGGUGGAUGUUGUGGACCACAAUGUUGUGGUCAUGCCAACUCGAUCGGAUAAAAACGGCAUGCUCAUUCGUCUCCGCAACCCUGAUGACAUUGUGGCAGCGAGAGCCAAUGGUGUUGGCGGCAAUGCCAAAGACUACAACAGCUGCAGCAACACGGGUGGUAACACGUCUCGUUCCGGCAACAUGCGUGACGUCCAUGAAAUAUCAGCGGACCGUUGGAAAACAAUUUUGGAGGCCACCGCAAAACGCCUCAAAGCAACGCUCCGACGGAUAUAUGAGGAGGACCCGCAGGGGUUUGUCCCGAUCAGCGUUUCUAUGAUGCUCGCCGAUGUCGCCAGCCAGCCAAACGCCGAACACCUCAUGCCUUUGCGGCUGAAGUUGGGGUGUCGCGUUAUGAUCAACCGCAAUCUUUCGCGGACUGUUUCAAACGGUAGCGUGGGCGUAGUUGAGGCCUUUGCCGUACCCAACCCGGACUUGUUUCCCCGUCGCCAUGAGACGCCAGUGAGGACAAUGUAUGGACGACUGCUUGAGAAAAACAUGUUUCCAAAGCUUCCGAUUGUCCGUCUGUUGGAUGGUGAGGUUGUGCAGGUCCCUCCACUUUCUCUCAUGGUGGGAGGUACACCUGCAACCUUUUUUUAUGGUCACGAACUUUACUUGUUGCCAAUGCAGUUGGGAUACGGUUUUACAGUACACAAGGUACAAGGACUUACCCUGCAAGGGACUGUUGUACUGGACUGCAAGCACUUUUUUGAGUGUCCCCAUCUUGUUUAUGUGGCCUGCUCACGUGUGCGGACUCUGGACCAGCUUAUAGUAAAAAACAUUAAGGGCGACAUGGUAAUAGUGAAGCGGAGUGCGUUGGAGUUUUCAGAGAAACUAAGAGAUGCUUCAGUCAUCACAAAUUUGUUGCCACCGGAUGGCUGCACUCGGGCCUCUUGGGUGGAUCGACUGCGUCCGCGUCUCAUGGGUUUGAGUGAGUGA